AAUGGGACAAAACCAAGGCAAGGAGGGGGAGCUAGGGCAGGACAACAGCUCUGCAGGACCAGAGGAAAAGGGACCAAGCCCAGACCCUGGGGGGGCCAAAGAGGAAGGCAAUCUAACCAUUGAAAUUCAUGGUGUCUGGACAGAUGAGGAGAACACAGCCGGUGGAAGAUUGGAUGGAGGCCCAGGCAGGGAGUCACCAUCACCUACACCAGUGCAUGGUUUGGAUUCUCAUGAUAAGUUGUGCGCUCCCACGGAUGGGGGGGUUGUGGAGGGAGGGGAUGGCGAGAAAGAGGGAGGAAGAAAGAGUAGCGAGGAAGACAGGGCUGAACCGCUGGCUCCACAGCAGCUGAAUGGAAUCGCACAGUCUGACAGCUGCACGCAAGGCACAUGGGAGGCUGGUGAACCAAACCACGACAGAAAAGACUUGGAGAGUACACUAGAAGACCAUCAGGACAACCUUAGGUGUGACCUUCCUGGUAAAGACAAAGUUGAAAGCCGUCGCAAAGGAGAAAACAGGAGUAAGAAGCAUGCUUCAUAUGUAAAGAACGAAAUGGAGUCUGUCUGUGGAGAUGACGACAAGCUAAAGAGCCAGGAAGAGGUGAGAAAACUCGAUUUUGGAGCUGCCUGUGAUAUUAGUCUAAAGAAUACAGGGCCUACCUUGGAGAUUCUGGAAAGGAAGGACAUUUCAAAACCAUGUGGUGGGGAUGCCAACGCCAACGUUCACUUCACGGUUCAAAACCAAGCUUUAGUCAUUACCAAAAAUGUCAUGUUGAGGACCAGCAUGACUGAAUCGCAAAACAAGAGGCUGAUUAACAAGCGCACAACAUCAAACCUUGUGAUGAACUCACAAGCGGAAACAUCAAAGGACACUACUGAGGCAAUUCAGCACAGCAAAGAAGAAAACCAGAAGAAGCUGCCAGAGAAUCCACAUAAGGUUGUAACAGAAACCCCAAACGCUGAACAUUCCUCCCCGAAGAACGUCGAAACCCAAAGAGAAAAUGUUACGGGGUGUCAGCCAACAGAUGAAGUCAUAAAGACCAGAUUUACUAGUUCAUCUCUGGCAGGUGUGGAUUUACAAAGCAAAGCUGUGAGUCUGGAAAGAGCGCAGAGCCCAGAGGACCUCAGCACCUUAGAAGUGGCAUCCAAGUCACCUUGGGGUCACUCUGAGAGCCAUCGACAAAUAUCUGCGGGCGAAUUCACACAGGAUGAGCUUCAGAAAGAAAGGCAAUUUAAUGUGUCAGACUUGGAGAGCCCUUGGACAAAGGAACCUUCACUUGGGAGAUCACCCGCUGGAGGUCAUAAAAAUAAAGAUGGCAUAAGAGGGACUGAAGAAAGAGAAAAUCUGGAAUCUGCUUCAAAGGGUCCGUAUCAUUCCCAUGAAAAAAAAACUGAGAUAAAAGAUCUUUCUCUGCAUGGAACAGAAACGGAAGAGGGUUGUUUUGUGACAUCUAAUAUUGCCAGUGUAGUUAUGCUGGGUGAAAACAAACCCUGGCUACAAAGCUAUGAAGAUGAGAAAUGUAUUACAUUCUCUGAAGACAUUACAGAUUCGAACCCCCAUUGUAAAUCUGAUGUUCAAGUUAUGCAAAAAAAUGAAAAAGAGGAUCUCCCUCUUUUAGCAAAGGCCAAAGUACACACAGAGAAAAGUCUGGCUGAAAUGAGUCCACAGGCAGUGAUACAAACCCUUCCAGAGACGGUGAAGGAUACUACAAAUGAGAUGGAUCCAGAACGUUCCUCUUCUAUAAGUGCAGUGAUUGAUGUAGAAGAUGCUACAAAACAACAGAGCUUAGAUGGAAACGCUAAUGCUAACUCAGAGAGAGACCAGGUCGGCAAGUCUAAUCAGAAUACCAUCAGCUUGCGCAAGGAAACAUCUGCAACUGGUUCCAUCUCUGAGCUCAUUGCUGGUCUUGAUACUGCAGCUUCAGGUCGCAUAGAUGAUAGGCCAAGUGUGGACAAGAAAACAGAAGUCACUCUGUCUGGUUCUUCUCAACUUCAAGAAAAAUGUUUUUUGAAGAUUUUUACAAAUGCAUCAACUCAUUCCACUAUAAGCCAGACAGACGUAUCCGAUCAGGUCCGGGAUGGUUGUGCUGCUGGAGCUGCAUUAGCACACAACACAGCAAACACAUCUGCUGCACAAGAUGUGCAACAUUCCUCCUCCAUGUGCAACCUAAUAAGUAUGCAAGCUAACGAGAAACAAGAUAAAGAGCAGAACAAGCUGUCGACACAAGCAAAUUGUCAUGUGUUAGAGGAGAAACGUUCAAGCCAGCUUGACCAAAAGCACGCAAUAGAAAGCAACCCAACAACCAGCAUGGAAACACCACAGGGUGCACAGAAAAGACAUGUUUCUGAUAUGAUAAAGGAAACUAUUGAGUUGCAGAAGAAGAUGAAGGAGUGGACCAAGCCAACUGAGGCCCGAGUUGAUCUGACCUUAGAUGCAACACAGUCUGUGAAAGUGUCACAGAUGAAAGCAGCAUUUGAUCCACCAAAGAAAUCACCUGACAAAGCACUAGAGAGAAAACCUUCAGUAAGAAAAGAUAUGUUCAAACGGGUUGUACGACAGAGUAAGUUCCGGCAUGUGUUCGGCCAGGCGGUGAAGAAUGACCAGUGCUAUGACGACAUCAGGGUGUCCCGGGUCACGUGGGAUAGUGCAUUCUGCGCUGUCAAUCCCAAAUUUGUUGCCAUAAUUGUGGAAGCUAGCGGAGGAGGAGCGUUCAUGGUUUUGCCUCUGCAUAAGACGGGCCGUAUCGAUAAGGCCUACCCUACAGUAUGUGGCCACACUGGCCCUGUUCUGGACAUUGAUUGGUGUCCUCACAAUGACCAGGUCAUCGCUAGUGGAUCUGAAGACUGCACCGUGAUGGUGUGGCAGAUCCCAGAGAAUGGAUUGGUGACCUCCAUGCCAGAGCCAGUGGUGGUGCUGGAGGGUCAUUCUAAGAGAGUGGGAAUCGUUACCUGGCAUCCCACCGCCCGCAACAUCCUGCUCAGCGCAGGCUGUGAUAAUGUGAUUAUCAUCUGGAAUGUGGGGACGGGGGAAGCCAUAAUCACCCUUGAGGAUAUGCACCCUGACAUCAUCUUCAGCGUCUGCUGGAACCGCAACGGCAGUCUCAUCUGCACCGCAUGCAAGGACAAGAAGGUCCGUGUGAUCGACCCGCGCAAGGAGGAGAUCGUUGCGGAGAAGGACAAGGCCCAUGAGGGUGCCAGGCCCAUAAGAGCUAUUUUCCUGUCUGACGGCAAAGUGUUCACCACUGGUUUUAGCCGCAUGAGCGAGAGACAACUCGCCCUCUGGGAUCCGGACAAUAUGGAGGAGCCAGUUUCUGUCCAUGAGAUGGACACCAGUAAUGGAGUCCUCCUGCCCUUCUAUGAUCCCGAUACUAAUGUGGUCUACCUGUGUGGGAAGGGUGACAGCAGCAUCCGUUACUUUGAGAUCACAGAUGAAGCUCCUUUUGUCCAUUACCUCAGCACCUUUACCACUAAGGAGCCUCAGAGGGGCAUGGGAUACAUGCCCAAGAGAGGACUGGACGUCAACAAGUGUGAGAUCGCAAGGUUUUACAAACUGCAUGAGAGAAAGUGUGAACCUAUCAUCAUGACCGUGCCAAGAAAAUCGGACUUGUUCCAGGAUGACCUUUACCCUGACACUGCGGGUCCGGAGGCCCCCCUGGAGGCCGAGGAAUGGUUUGAAGGGAAGAAUGGAGACCCUAUCCUGAUAUCCCUGAAACAUGGAUACAUCCCAGGCAAGAACCGUGAUCUCAAAGUGGUAAAGAAGAACAUCCUAGACAACAAGCUAAGCAAGAAUACAGAGAAUACCACCCCUGCCAUCAAGACUGCCACCUCCACACCAUCUAUUAAAAGUGAAGCUAAGCUGGAUGAAGUUUUGAAAGAAAUGAAAUCUCUCAGAGAGCUGGUCAGCAGUCAGGAAAAAAGAAUUGCCAAACUUGAGCAGCAGUUGUCUAAAAUGGACAUCUAAAAGGACCCUGAAAUUCCUUCCCCUUCU